GUAAAAUCUGGAGCAACGCUGGCGAGCAGAGCUUUGAUCGUCUGCUGGAGAGACUGAGGGCGCACCUGCCCAAGGCUAGAGUAGUAGCGUGUUUUGUGAAGCAUGACCAUCCGCAACAUCCUCAUGGCCAUGAGACGGCAGAAGCUGGUCGGAGAGUUUGUCUCGUCGGCAGCGAUGGAUGGGCGGACAGGUCCGACGUGACAGAUGGCUAUGUCAGGGAGGCAGCCGGGGGCAUCACCAUCAAGCUGCAGUCAGCAGACGUGAAAUGGUUUGAUGAUUACUACCUGAAGCUCCGUCCAGAAAACAACCUCAGGAACCCUUGGUUUCCGGAGUUCUGGCAGCAUCGGUUUAAAUGCAAGCUUAAAGGUCACCCGCAGGAGAGCAGCAAGUACAACCGCACCUGCGGCAAACAAAAUACCCUACAGGAUAGAUACGAACAGGACUCCAAGAUGGGAUUUGUCAUCAACGCUAUUUACUCCAUGGCGUUCGGCCUGCAUAACAUGCAACGUUCACUCUGCCCCGGCUAUCAGGGCCUCUGUGAUGCAAUGCGACCUAUAGAUGGUGCUACUCUGCUGGACUUCCUCAUGAAAACCAACUUCACCGGCGUGUCUGGGGAGGGAAUAUUAUUUGAUGAGAAUGGAGACUCACCUGGCAGGUAUGAAAUUAUGAACUUCAAGAAGACGGGGGAAAAAUAUGGCUACAUCAACGUGGGCAGUUGGGACAACAGUGGUCUGAAGAUAGAUGAUGAUGAAAUCUGGUCCGGCAAAGAUGCCAUCAUUAAAUCGGUUUGCAGUGAACCCUGUGACAAAGGGCAAAUUAAGGUGAUCCGCAAGGGUGAGGUGAGCUGCUGCUGGACGUGCACCCCCUGCAAAGAAAACGAAUUUGUGUUUGACGAGUACACCUGCCGAACCUGUGAGCUGGGCUCCUGGCCUAACGAUGGCCUCACUGGUUGUGACCCUAUCCCCGUAGAGUACCUGCGAUGGGGGGACCCAGAACCCAUAGCUGCUCUGGUAUUUGCCUGCCUCGGUCUGAUGGCCACCUUCUUUGUCACUGCAGUCUUUAUCCAUUUCCGGGACACCCCUGUCGUGAAAUCCUCCAGCCGGGAGCUGUGUUACAUCAUACUGGCAGGGAUUUGCCUCGGAUAUCUGUGCACCUUCACUCUCAUCGCAAAACCCCACGUGAUCCACUGCUACCUCCAGCGACUGGGGAUAGGUCUGUCACCUGCCAUGAGUUACUCUGCACUUGUCACUAAGACAAACCGCAUCGCUCGGAUCCUGGCAGGAAGCAAGAAGAAGAUCUGUACAAAGAAACCUCGCUUCAUGUCGGCGUGCGCCCAGCUCAUCAUUGCCUUCCUCCUCAUACUGCUUCAGCUGGGCAUCAUUGUGGCUCUUUUUCUCAUGGAGCCACCGGAUGUGAUCCAUGACUACCCCAGCAUCCGCCAGGUCAACCUCAUCUGCAACACCACUAACCUCGGAGUGGUAGCCCCCCUGGGGUACAAUGGCCUGCUCAUCCUCAGCUGCACCUUUUAUGCCUUCAAGACCCGCAAUGUCCCGGCUAAUUUCAACGAGGCCAAGUACAUUGCGUUUACGAUGUACACCACCUGCAUCAUCUGGUUGGCGUUCGUCCCCAUCUACUUUGGCUCCAACUACAAAAUCAUCACCAUGUGCUUCAGCGUCAGCCUCAGUGCCACUGUGGCUCUGUGCUGCAUGUUCGUACCCAAGGUGUACAUCAUUCUGGCCAAACCGGAGCGUAAUGUGCGCAGUGCCUUCACCACCAGCACCGUGGUCCGGAUGCACGUGGGAGAUGGGAAAUCCUCCUCAGCUGCCAGCCGCUCCUCCAGUCUGGUCAACCUGUUUAAACGCAGAGGCUCUACUGGAGAGACCCUGAGCUCCAAUGGUAAAUCAGUAUCUUGGGCACAGACAGAGCGCAGCAGCUCACGAGGCAACCACCUGUGGCAGCGGCUGUCCUUCCACAUCAAGAAGAAGGAGAACAAUCAGACAGCAGUCAUUAAGCCCUUCUCCAAAACCUCUGAGGAGCGUUACUGCGGGGGAUCCGACUUGCCUCCGCAUGUACCUCUGCCCUCCCUCUCUUCCAUGUCCUCCCUGCCCACUCAUCUCGACAGCGGCACAGACAAGACCCUCUACGAGCUCUCGGAAGCUGAAGAGCACUACUCAAUUACCUACCGGCCGCAGACGCCGUCGCCAAUCAGCACCGUCAGCCAGAGGAUAGGGGCCAGUUUAGGGGAGGAGUCCCAGAUGGCCUGCAUUUCAAAGUACUCCAGCAGUGUCUGCAGCGGUGGCAGCAGCAGCAGUUGUGGGCCUCCGAGCAGCGUCUCCAUCACAGCUGGGAGUGACGGGCGUCUGGUGGCCGUGGACGACCGCCCCCCGCCGCCCCAGAAUACGCUGAUGGAUCAGAUCAGCUGCGUGGUGAACCGCUUCACCGCCAACAUUUCCGAGCUCAACAGCAUGAUGCUCUUCCCUUCGCCGACGCACACGCACAAACACACAUCCCCCACCGCUCAUCCCCCUGAUCCCUACCUGCUACCUCGGGAGAUCCCGAUGCCCCCGACCGUCACCACCUACGCUGAUGUCCAGCCCCUAGCUCCCGUUGACUCUAGUCUGGGCACUCGGGGCGGCUGUCCAAUUCACUCCAUCCCUCGCUCGCCCUACCCGCUGCCGCCCCCUCACCCCCACACAUCCCCCUCUCUCUCCCCCAUAAGGGGAAGCCUGGUCGCCUGCCUACCCGACUCCCCGCUCCGGAGGGCUGAGCUGGAAGAGGAGCUCAUCGCCCUAACACCUCCCUCGCCCUUCCGUGACUCUCUGGGAUCCAGUAGUGGCUCCCAGAUCUCAGAGACGGGUCUGUUUGUUCCUCCAGUCCCCAACCACCCACCCCCCUCUCCCCCAUCACCCAGGUACACCAGGCUGACUCUCAGAAACUACAGUCAGAGUUCAUCCUCACUGUGAGGCAGAGGUGAUGAGCUGGAAAAGUAGAGCAACCAGGACGCACAGACUGGAAUCCAUUCAUCACCGUUUGGAGUAAAAAACCCGAGGAGGUGUUGUCAUGGAGGGCUGGUUGGUGAAGACACCAAGCUGUGUUUGUGUUUACAUGUUUCCAGUGAGACGCGAGUAGGGAAGGCCUGCAGCGUGUCCUAUUUUCUCGCUGUCUUUAUUGGGGGAGAAUUGAAAACGGCGAUUCUGGCGCUGAGGUGUUUCGUAACAGCGGAAACCCUUCGUGGAGGGUUCUCUGUCAUUUAGAUUGGGCUAGUGGCCUUAAGGUAACUCGGCUGACAACUAAUUACAGAUUCUGUGUGCGUGCUUCAGUGGGCCUGAGUGUGUUUUUGCUGUAUUUUAGAGAAGGAGAGGUGACGGGAAUAUGGCAGCGGAGAGUGCCUGUAAGAACCACUAAGGAUCGAGCUACAAAGGGCACAUUCGGUAUAUAUUUGCCGACACAAAAUCACAAAAUGUGAGCAAAAAAUUAUAAAUAAAGUGUGCGGGACACAGCAGCGUGUUUACGGGAGACGUCUUAAAUUUUGUCUGUGGCGAUGAAGUCCGACUAGUGUCCAAUAAAAGUGCAUUGCCAGGACAGUGUUAACAUAGCAACGUGUUAAUCUAGCAAACGUAGUUCCAAAAACAUCCUUUAUUAUGCUCACCUUUCAUAUUGCUUUCAUAUUUUCUACUUUUCCCGUGGGUCUGAAUGUAUAUUUUCUACAUUACACCUGAGGCAGUUGGGACCAAAUCUUUUGUAGCUCUAUGCCUGUAACCCGAGACAGAGGGAGAACGAGGGAGGUGUGACGAGACCAGGCCUUGUUUUAACCACGAACAUUGUCAGGGUUUAGUUCUCACUCAGGUGGAUCACUGGGAGGACUAUGACCUCAGAGCUUUUUUGCUAAUGUAUGGCAUUCAGGAGUGCAUUCUGCAAGGCUUAGCUGGAUCCCAGUCAUGACAUUUUCCUGAUACAAUGUGUCAGCAGGUGGCAUUGACCUGUUUCAUCUAAGACAGUGCUUCAGGUGGAAUUAGGUGGAGUUAAAUUCAUCUAAGAAUUUAGUGGAGCACAAAUUGAUAGAUUCCGGAUUGGACAUAGACUCUUUCUCAGUCUCUUAAAAGGUCACCUGAUGGACAACCUUUGUUUUUACUGUUUCUUAAGAGAAAUUCAAUUUCUGAAAUGUGUUCCUUUAGAGACUGGAAUAGCGGCACAUCCCUUUUAUCACAAGGUCAUUGUAAAAUAGUUAGAAAUGACUGACAUCCAGCAUGGCCAAAUGUUCACAAUAAUCCGUAAAAACUGGUAUGAAAAUCACCAAAAGAACCAUGAUGAAUAUUUUCUCGUUUAGGAAAUAAAUUGCUGUCUUGCUGAGAGUGAGGUAAAGUCAAGGUUAGGAACAUGGAGUUGUAAGUUUGAAACAAGUUAGUCCUAACUACUGGUAACAAGACAAACUGACAUAAAAUGUGUUUUUUCUUAAUUUUAUAUGCUCAAACACAAAAAAAAAUUGGAACAAAUUGGUAACUCAAAAACAGUCCAACUUUUAAGUCCUUGUGAGACACGCUAUAUGAUGAACUGUUUCCUUUUUAUCACUGUAUUUAAGGUAUUUACUGGAAAUUUAUGGCUAGCAGCAAUACACUAAUGGUGAUGUCAACUACUGGAAAUAUAUUAGAAUAGCAUAUGGGCCAGCUUGUAGUUUAUAAAUGUUUACUUUUGCUUUAAAACUCACAGUUUAAAAAACACUGAAAUUUUCCAUCAUAAAUCUCCUGCAGACUAAAUUCCUAGUUUGCAGAGGUGGGGAAUCCAGCUUGAGGAAAGUAAAAAAUCUGCCUGUUUUUUCUUCAUUCUCUUCACUUAGACAGAUAAUUUUAGUCCCUGUCUAUGCCCUGGAGCUGGAAAUGCAAAUGGUUGGAACUAAUCUUUGGACCAGAUAUUUUGUGAACUUGGAUUCCCCACUUCACAUGUCCCUCUCUUAAGAUAAUCUUUGUUUUAAACACAUUUUAAUGUGUCAGGCUUCCAAUUUUUCCCUUACAAAGAGGAGAAUGGAAUAAAAUCCUGAUAAGAAUAAAAUUCUGUACAACAAGAAUGAACAAAUUAGCUUUAAGGUUAUUGAAACAUCAUAAUUUCUCCUUAAACUGUCUUUUGGCUUUUGGGGGGUUUGCGGACAAUGAUGUUUCAGCAAACUAAACCUUUAACUCGGAUCAUCUUAAUAUCAGUUGUUCCAUUGGUUGUUAUAUCUGUGCUGCAAGUACAGGAAAUAUUUUACACGGAUUGUGAAUGUGUUUCCAGUGGGCGGUCAUUACCACUCUACUGAAACAUUUUAACAUACAUGAAAAUGUCCACAUAUAUUUACAGAAUAAACAUUAAAGUGAAACUUUUUCAGCUUUUUCAGUCAGUCGGGCUUCUGGAAAACUCUUUAUAUCGACCAAACAAGCAUUAGAGUGUUGUAAUGAUCCUCAGCUCGCUCUCAGCAAAAACAAAAAAAGAAAAGCAAAUCACUUGCAUUCAGAGUUCAAGUCAGCUGCUUUCAGCUCAGGCCUGGUUCUUUGUCAAACUACCUGGAGAGUUAACUGUCUCGUAUUUUUCUAGACGUCUGAGCAGAUAUGGCAGGUUUGGCUUUUGCAGAGAAUUGGGCAUGCCUUUAAAUCGAAUGUAUUUACACGUGCCAACACUUGCUUUGCGGAUCGCAGCGGGAGAGAAAAUGUGCCGACGAAUCCAUUCCCUACGAUCCCUCUGAGAGAGGAGGCCUUUGCUCGUAUCAGCAUCAACAAAAGAGGAUAACGCAGUACCGAACGUCUACCGGUUCAGAUGCACAACACAUGCGUUUCUACCUUUGAUCUGUUACCUGAGACACGUACGAGUCCGUUCAUAAGAAAUCACAGCGCUAUUAUCAAAGCAGAAAUCAGUGCUUCAGAUUGUUACCUGUGACACAUGUCCACCACCGUCUCCGUGUAUUUUCUGCACCAUGUGCAUUCGUCUGCUGGAAAGGAUGCAGAAGCAGAAGUCUGAUGUUUGCAUAGCAGUUGCGCUCCACCAUAGCCGGCGAGAACAAACUCAGACAAAGUGAUCCUGUAAAUAACAAGGGCAUGCAAAGACAGAUCUGUUUUGUUCGAAGGAGUUGAAUUCAGAUGAAAGACUAUUUAUUUACAUAUCAACAAAUGUUCACAAAAAGAAAAAAAAUCUGAUGUUUUUAAGCUGUGUUAUAGCAUACAGUACAAAUAAGUGUUACGACUAGAGAAACUGUGUUCCUACGCUGAAUGUGUGAGUGACAAAUCCUAUUCAGAUGUCUUGUAAUUGAAUAAUAUUAUAAUACUUGCUAUUAACAUGAUUAUUGUGCCAAAGGGGUAAGAGGUGUCUAGUUUACUAGAUUGUGGGUAAAAAUAUUUGGUUUCAUAAAAAAGAAGAAAAAAAUGUAAAUGUAAAUUGUUUCUAUUGUUUUGGAUAAAUUUUAGAUAAAUAUUUCAUAUUUUUCAGUGUAAAAGCAAUAUUAUCUAUAUGUAUACAAGAUCCCUGUUUUUUUAUCAUCUCUAAUUGCCACUCUUAUUAUAAUCCCUAUUUGGAUAACUCUGCAAGGAUGGUGGAUUGAUAGCUUGAAACGUUGCUUUGCUCUGUGUUUAAAUCUGUAUUUGUUGAAAAAAAA